AUGGGAAAGACUAAUGAGUCUUCUGUUACAGAAUUUGUCCUACUGGGGCUUUCUGGCUACCCAGAGCUUGAGGCCAUUUAUUUCUUGCUGGUGCUAUUUAUGUACCUGGUGAUCCUGCUGGGAAAUGGAAUCAUCAUCAGUGUCUGUGACUCUCACCUGCACACCCCCAUGUACUUUUUCCUCAGUAACUUAUCAUUCUUGGAUAUUUGCUACACCAGUUCUUCUAUUCCCUUAUUUCUCAGCAGGUUCUUAGCUUCAAAGAAAACCAUUUCCUUCUCUGGGUGUGGAGUGCAAAUGUUUCUCUCCUUUGCUAUGGGAGCCACAGAGUGUGUCCUUCUAAGCAUGAUGGCAUUUGACCGCUAUGUGGCCAUCUGUAACCCUCUGAGAUACCCCGUCAUUAUGAGCAAGAAUUCGUAUGUGCCUAUGGCUGCUGGGUCCUGGAUUGCAGGGGAUGUCAAUUCUGUGUUGCAAAUGUCUCUUGCCAUGAAGCUUCCUUUCUGUGGGGAUAAUGUCAUUAAUCAUUUUACUUGUGAAAUCUUGGCUGUCUUAAAAUUAGCCUGUGCUGAUAUCUCCAUAAAUGUUAUUAGCAUGGUUGUUGCUAAUAUGAUUUUUCUUGUGGUUCCAGUACUUUUCAUUUUUGUUUCCUAUGUUUUCAUUCUCUCCACCAUCCUGAGGAUUCCUUCUGCAGAGGGAAGGCAUAAAGCCUUUUCCACCUGCUCUGCCCACCUCACAGUGGUGAUUAUAUUCUAUGGAACCAUCCUCUUCAUGUAUGCAAAACUCAAGGCUAAAGACUUCUCUGGUGCAGACAAAGGACAAGUCACAGACAAAAUCAUCUCUCUCUUCUAUGGUGUCGUGACUCCUAUGCUCAACCCCCUCAUCUAUAGUUUGAGGAACAAAGAUGUGAAGGCAGCUGUGAAGAAUAUACUCUGUCGGAAAUGCUCCUCAGAGGAAAUGUGA